AUGGCAUCCUUGGCCAACCUCCUGAUCUCACUUUUCUCGCUCACCCUCGUGCUCCUGCAUGCUCCUGCACCUGCGGUAUGCGACGACCUAGUCGCAGGCCUCUCUCCAAGCCAUCGCACAUACAUUGUGAUGCUGAGGCCACCCGUCGAAGCCGGCAGCGAGGACGACCACCGCUGGUGGCAGGAUUCCUUCCUGCCAACGCCUCUCGCCGGCUCCGAUGAGCCACGCCUCAUCCAUACCUACACUGAGGUCUUCACGGGGUUUGCCGUGAGGCUCACCGAAGAUGACCUCGCCAUGGUGUCCCAGAGGAAGGAGUUUCUGCGGGCGUUUCCAUACCAUCUCUGGCGCCCCAGCACCACUCACACUCCGAAGUUCCUCGGACUGGAGAAAGAUGCCGGGCUGUGGAGGGACACCAACUAUGGCCAAGGAGUCAUAAUCGGGGUCCUGGACACUGGCAUAUACGUAGAGCAUCCUUCCUUUGAUGACAGUGGCAUCCCGCCACCCCCAUCAAAGUGGAAGGGCUCAUGCCAUGGCGCUGCACGCUGCAACAACAAAUUGAUAGGUGCCAAAUUCCGUAAUCCCAGAGUAUAUGAUUCCGGUGAUGACACGGGGCAUGGAACACAUACCUCGUCCACCGCAGCUGGGAACUUCGUCAGUCAUGCCUCAGCCCACGGCCUCGGCAGGGGCACAGCUGCCGGAAUUGCUCCACAUGCACACUUGGCCAUGUACAGGGUGUGCAUAAUUCUUGGGUGUGCAUCCUCGGACAUAGUUGCCGGGUUAGAUGAAGCCGUCAAGGAUGGUGUUGAUGUGCUUUCACUCUCCCUCGGCCCCUUUUUUGAUGUCAACUUCACUGAUGAUCCGGUUGCCAUUGGCACAUUCAAUGUGGUAGCAAAGGGUGUUGUUGUCGUGGCUGCAGCUGGUAACAACGGUCCAAGGUCCUUUAUUGCCAACUCUGCACCAUGGUUGCUCACAGUUGCAGCUGGCUCGGUGGACCGAAGCUUCCAGACCGUUGUGCAGCUUGGCAACGGCGAGCACAUCAGUGGGGAAGCUUUCAAUCAGACUGCGAACUCAAACUCCAACUCUGUUCCUCUGUAUUGGAACAAACACUGCAAGUCAUCAUUGGCUGGAAGAAAUGUGUCUGGCAAAAUUGUGAUUUGCCAUAACACAGGACCAAUGAAUGACACAGGGUCAGCAAUCAACCAGUCUGACAUCAGUGGCAUCAUGAGUGCCGGGGCGGCUGGCAUAGUCCUGAUCAACAGGAAAGAUGCUGGCUUCACCACCCUUCUGGAGGAUUAUGGCAGUGAUGUUGUGCAGGUGACCGUGGCUGAUGGCAACAAUAUCAUAGGGUAUGCAAGGGCAACAAGCAAAGCCAGUGCCAAAGUCAUAUACAAGAACACUAUGCUUGGUGUCCGUCCAUCUCCCACUGUCGCGGCAUUCUCAUCCCGCGGUCCCAGCACGUUCAGCCCCGGUGUGCUAAAGCCAGAUAUAUUAGCACCCGGGCUCAACAUCAUUGCUGCAUGGCCACCACUCACCAUUCUUGGAUCUGGGCCAUUCAACAUUAGAUCAGGGACAUCCAUGUCGACUCCACAUGUCAGUGGAAUCGCUGCGCUUGUCAAGAGCUCCCAUCCUGAUUGGUCUGCUGCUGCUAUCAAGUCAGCCAUCCUCACCACAGCUGACAUCACGGACAGCGCUGGUGGCCCGAUCUUGGACGAGCAGCAUCAGAGGGCAACUGCGUAUGCCAUGGGUGCUGGCCAUGCCAAUCCUAUAAAAGCUAUUGACCCGGGCCUUGUGUAUGACCUUAGCAUCACUGAAUAUGCUGGCUACAUAUGCGCUCUCCUCGGUGAUCAAGGCUUGGCAACCAUUGCGCGUGACCCGACGCUGUCCUGCAAAAUGCUUCCCAAGAUACCAGAGGCACAGUUGAACUACCCAUCCAUAACAGUGCCACUCAGGACAAGGCCAUUCACGGUGAACAGAACCGUGACAAAUGUGGGGCCAAUAAAUUCAGUAUACACACUGAAGAUGGAGGUUCCCAAGUCGCUCACAGUGCGAGUCUACCCAGAGACGCUGGUGUUCUCCAAGGUUGGACAAAAGAAAACAUUCAGCAUUACGGUGAGCAGGCAUCGCAAUGUCGGGUCAAAGGCCUUGCAGGGAAGUUUGAGCUGGGUGUCCAAAAAACAUAUUGUGCGUAGUCCGAUCGUGGCUUCUCCUCUGUUGUAA